GAAGCUCUUGCUCAUCAUGCGCCGCUUUGAGCUUCUCUUCCUCCUCCUCCUCCUCUGCUCGCCGUGUCUCUUCUCUGUCUCCGAUGGGAGGAGGAUGACGGCGCAGACGAAUGACUUGCAGCCGUCGUCUCCCAUUCGCGCGGUGAACCUCGGAGGGUGGCUUGUCACCGAGGGCUGGAUCCUGCCAUCCCUCUUCGAUAACAUUGUCAACAAAGAUCUUCUGGAUGGCACUCAGCUCCAGUUCAAGUCGGUGACCCAGGGGAUGUACCUCUCAGCUGAACAGGGCGGAGGCGCCAGCAUCGUCGCCAACCGGGCGAGUGCCUCGGGGUGGGAGACCUUCAAGCUAUGGAGGAUCAACGACGACACAUUCAAUCUCAAGGUGUUCGACAACCACUUCGUCACCAUCGCCGGCGACGGUGUCACCGUCACCGCGACCGUGGGUUCACCGGGGCCAGGGGAGGCGUUCCAGUUUCAGAUGUUGCGUAACAGCAAUAACGUUCUGACCCAUCUGCGCAUCAGGGCACCAAAUGGAAGGUUCCUGCAGGCCAAGACAAAGGGCUCAGUUACAGCAGAUUAUGAUGGUGAAAGCACGAGCUGGCGCGACAAUGACCCAUCGGUGUUUGCAGUCACAAACGUGUAUGGUCUUCGAGGGGAGUACCAACUCUGCAAUGGCUAUGGUAGAACAAAAGCCACACAAGUGCUCAGGGAACAUUGGAGCACGUACAUAGUUGAGAGUGAUUUCCAAUUCAUCUCAACAAGUGGGCUAAAUGCAGUUAGAAUUCCAGUUGGUUGGUGGAUAGCCAGCGAUCCCAGUCCUCCAGCUCCUUUCGUCGGUGGAUCCCUCGAAGCCUUGGAUAACGCAUUUCAAUGGGCAGAGAAGUAUAACUUGGGAGUCAUUGUGGACUUGCAUGCUGCACCUGGUUCUCAGAACCCGUUUGAACACAGCGCCUCCAAAGAUGGUUCCCGGGAGUGGGGCACCACAGAUGCAAACAUAGCCCAAACCGUCCAAGUCAUCGAUUUCCUUGCAUCCAGAUAUACGAGCAGCCCAAGCCUGCUAGCCAUUGAGCUGCUGAACGAGCCACAGGGACCCGGCGUCUCUCUGGAAGCUCUGACGAAAUACUACAAGGACGGCUACGACGCCGUGCGCAAGCACACGGCGACGGCGUACGUGAUCAUGUCCAACCGGCUGUCGGCGGAGAAAAACACGGAGCUGCUCGACUUCGCCGGCGGCCUGCCCGGCGCCGUCGUCGACGUGCACUACUACAACCUCUACACCGGCGAGUUCAACGGCCUGACCGUGGAGCAGAACAUCGAGUACGUGAGGACCAAACGUGCGGAUGAGCUCGCCACUGUCACCAGGCAGAAUGGCCGGCCAUUGUCAUUUGUGGGAGAGUGGGUGGCAGAGUGGAACGUGAACACAACUGAUGGGAACUAUCAGAGGUUUGCACAAAUCCAGCAAGACGUGUAUGGUCGAGCUAGCUUCGGAUGGGCCUAUUGGACGUUCAAGAACGUGAACCACCACUGGAGCAUGGAGUGGAUGAUCAAGAAUGGAAUCAUCUCACUCAAAAACUAGAAAUGAAUAUGGGUGUCGCCUCCCAUUCGAGCGGUGAACCUCGGAGGGUGGCUCGUCACCGAGGGAUGGAUACUCCCAUCCCUCUUCGAUGGCAUUCUUAACAAAGACCUUCUGGACGGAACCCAGCUCCAGUUCAAGUCGGUGACCCAAAACAUGUACCUGUGCGCCGAGCAAGGCGGCGGCACCAUCCUCGUCGCCAAUCGGACGAGCGCCUCGGGGUGGGAGACCUUCAAGCUAUGGAGGAUCGACGAGAACACCUUCAACCUCAGGGUGUUCGACAACCACUUCGUGACUGUCGCCAGCGAUGGCGCCACCGUUGUCGCAACGGUGGCCUCGCCGGGGGCGGGGGAGGCGUUCCACCUCGUGCGCAACGACGACCAGACCCGUGCUCGCAUAAGGGCCCCCAAUGGGAGGUUUCUGCAGGCGAGGACAAGGGACUUGGUUACGGCAGAUUAUGAUGGAAGCAGCACAAAUUGGGGCGACGAUGACCCCUCGGUGUUUGUGGUCACCAGGGUCGGCGGUCUACAAGGGGAGUACCAAAUCUGCAAUGGCUAUGGUAAAGCAAAGGCCACACAAGUGCUCAGGCAACACUGGCGCACAUACAUAGUGGAGAAUGACUUCAAGUUCAUAUCAACAAGUGGUCUAAACGCAGUGAGAAUCCCAGUUGGAUGGUGGAUUGCUAGCGACCCCAAUCCUCCUGCUCCUUUCGUGGCAGGAUCUCUCCAAACCUUGGAUAAUGCAUUCAAAUGGGCAGAGAAGUAUAACUUGGGAGUGAUCGUGGACUUGCACGCUGCACCUGGGUCACAGAACCCAUACGAGCACAGUGCCUCCAAAGACGGCUCACAGGAGUGGGGCGCCACGGAUGCCAACAUAGCACAAACCGUCAAAGUCAUCGAUUUCCUCACAAACAGAUAUAAGAGAAGCCCAAGCCUCCUGGCAGUGGAGCUCCUGAACGAGCCGCUGGCACCGGGCGCGUCUCUCCCGGCUCUGAUGAAAUACUACAAGGACGGCUACGACGCCGUGCGCAAGUACACGUCGACGGCGUACGUGAUCAUGUCCAACCGGCUGUCGGCGAGCAACACGGAGCUCCUCGACUUCGCCGGCGGCCUGCCGGGCGCCGUCGUCGACGUGCACUACUACAACCUCUUCACCAGCGACUUCGACGGCCUCACCGUGCAGCAGAACAUCGACUUCGUCAGGAACAGCCGCUCGGCCGAGCUCGCCACCGUCACCAGGCAGAACGGCCGGCCACUGACAUUUGUGGGAGAGUGGGUGGCAGAGUGGAAAGUACAGGGAGCAUCUGACCAGGAUUACCAGAGGUUUGCACAGGCCCAGAUAGAUGUGUACGGGAAAGCUACCUUCGGAUGGGCCUACUGGACCUUCAAGAACGUCAACAACCACUGGAGCAUGGAGUGGAUGAUCAACAAUGGGAUCAUCUCUCUCAACAACAACUAAUAUAUCUGUUUCUAGUCUUUUUUUCUAAACGUAUUAGAGCACAUAAAUAGGCCUAUAAGCAAGGCCAAUCAUCAGUGAUCAGUAGAUCGAUGCUGGGAGCAUGUACUUCGCAUACGUAUGUACACAACUAAUAAUUAGUGAAUAAGAGUAGCAAAAGCUCAAGCUGAAAUAAAAGAGAAAAAAUAAAGCUUGUUGUUUGAUUUUCUUUAAAAGUAGGAUUUUAACCUUGUAAGAGUUAAUUGAGUCAUUCACAUCCUUAAAUAAAAAUCAGAUAAUACUUCAAUCAUAUAAUCUC